AUGGAACUUCCAACAAUUCCCACGCCAUCUUCCGUGGCAGAGUAUGUCAUAUCUGUUCUUCAAGCCUCCGAAAGCACACCCUACAUCGGAGAGCCUAUCUCUCAACUCCAGCAUUCUCUUCAAUGUGCUGCUCAAGCUGCCUCUGCUUCACCACCAGUGGACGAAGCAACUCAAAUUGCUGCAUUACUCCACGACAUCGGUCAAUACGCACCUGCGAAAGACCUCCACAAACUCACCGGCGGAGAAGCCAGAAACCUCGGUGGACAAGCAACAGGCUCAAGCGUCGGUAGAGUCGGGCACGAGACAUUAGGUGCACAAUUUGUUCUUGCGCUCGGAUUUUCUCAAAAGGUUGCGCGAUUGGUGGAAUCACAUGUUUCUGCUAAGCGAUAUUUAUGUGCCGUGGAUGAAGGGUACUUGAGCAAGCUUUCUGACGCGAGCAAGAAGAGUCUUGGUUACCAGGGCGGGCCGAUGAGUGAUGAUGAGAGGGAUGAGUUUGGUACUGAUGAGUGGUGUAAGGAAAUGUGCCAAUUGAGGGUAUGGGAUGACGAAGCCAAGAUCGAGGGGCUUGAGGUCAGGGACUUGGAGAGCUGGAGGCCGGUAUUGGAACGACAAUUAGAAUCAAGUCAGGGCAACAUGGUUUAG